AUGGUGGCCCAACUGCUAGGGCUGGCCUUUUUGUUUCUACCUGCAAGCCUGGUCACCUCCACAACAUAUGAGGUGAAAAUUAACGAACACUGGGAGGUUUUGUAUCGGGAUACCAGUGUGUAUGGUGUUCUGGGCAAAGCGGUGAUCCUUGAGUGCGGUACAACCUUACCUGACGUGUACAUCUGGAGCUUCACAAAGCCCGGGACUGAAGCUAUUAAAGCUGUGGUGUUGGAUUUGGGGAAAGGGCCGAGGAUCCAGAAGCUGGCUGAGACGCUGGGGCGGCUCUCCAUCAUCUCAAACAGUGCAUCUGUGAGCAUCGAGCAGCUGCCAGUGGCCGCACAUGGCCUCUACACCUGCCAGGCUUUCUACGACAUGCCAGGGGAGCCGGUAGUCUACUACUACUAUGUGCACCUCACUGUCCGAGUUCCUGUAAGUAAGCCUUACCUCCUGAUGAGCGAUGUCUCUCCAGUGGAGGGAUCUACAAUGUGGAUGAGCUGUAAUCUGGAAAAUGGGACUGGGCCGAUUCGGUAUGUGUGGCAGCAUGAGACCCGGAGAGGCAACAUCUCAGCUUUUGCACAGGGAAACACCGGCGUCAUCAACGUGACCGACGUCAACCGCAACCACACCGGCUGGUACCGCUGUGUGGCCAGCAACGCCGUCAACAGCGAGACCUCUAACCGGUUAUGGCUUGAUACUAUCUUUGGCCCGGACAUCCCUCAGAUAGACGUGACUCCGUACAGCAUAACGGAGCGGGGGUAUUCGGCCCUGGAGAGAGAGACUGUUUCUCUGCUGUGUCAAGCCCAGUCCAACCCGGCCAGUCAGUACGUCUGGUUCUACAACAACUCCCAGAUCUACACCGGGCCGCAGUUAACCAUCACCAAGAUCCUCCGCAUGCACACUGGUGACUACGCCUGCUUGGCACAGAACACUUACCUCAACACCCGCUCCAGAAAAACCAUCAGCCUGACUGUCUACUACCCCCCCGAUGGCUCCCCGUCCUGCUCUGUGGAGCCGGCUCUGAAUCACACCUCUCUGAGGCUGCUCUGCUCCUGGCCCGGGGGAUUUCCCUCUCCAUCCCUCCACUGGACCGGACAGCUGAAACAGUUGGGACAAAACGAGGUCGACACUGAGCAGCAAACAAAUCCACUAACCAACACUGCCAUCUUGCUGCCGCCUGAAGGCCUGGCUUCCAACAACAGCUUGUUUACUUGCAUGGGCUCCCACCUGGCACUCACACAACCAACAGAAUGCAGCACACGCACAUAUAUUCCCACUACAGAGCCGGUGUGCUUUGCAUAUGUGACAAACAGCAAACAGUAUCUGAUGCUGUCCUGCUCCUGGGAUGGAGCCGCCCCAAAAGCCUUGGUGUGGUGGGAAGGCCCGGGCGAACAGGGCAAAGGCGGUCAGGAAAACUCCAACAUCUUGAUCCUUCGCUACGGCACUGCCCGCAACGGGAAACCCUACACCUGCUACGCUAAGCAUCCACUUCUGGUCCAAACCAAAACCUGCAGGCUCACACUGGAGGCUCCUCAAUUGCUGACGCGGAGCAGAGUUGUUUCUGUUUACGAAGGGAGCGAUGUUCAGCUCAUCUGCAACCUCAGAGACAACUACCUUCCUGUCAGUGAAAUCACCUGGUUCAACAAUCAGGGUGUGGAUGUCCGAGACACCUCCAAGUAUGCUCUGCUGCGAACAUCUGCAUGGGCCAAUCUGACUGUGAGGGACACGAAACAGACUCAAGACAGCGGCGAGUACAGGUGCACCACCUCCAACGCGGUGGGAGGAACGGAUAUCAACGUCACUUUAGUGGUUAAAAGGCACCCUAUGCCACCCAAUGUGACCCUGGUCAGCGUGAUGUACAACAGCAAACAGCGUAACGAGGUGGAGCUGGAGUGGCAGCUGGAGGACGAAGAACCAGGAGGUUGGACAGGUUUUAUCCUGCAGCACGUAUGGGUGUCAGAGAGACCAGGAAGGAGAGGCAGCAACAACGAUUCAAAGAAGGAGGCAGAGGAGAGGAUCGGCCCACCAGUCUGGUACCAGAACAUCAUCCAGGACCCAGAAGUCAGGAGUCACACAGUCGGGCGACUGACACCGACCGUUACCUACCAGUUCCGCAUCACACCUGUCAACCACCGCACCAUCGGACACCCUUCUGCAGCAAAGACCCCAGCGGAGCCGAGCUACAAUGCUUACCCUGCUGUGAUUGGAGCAGCUAUAGGCGGGAUGUUCAUUGCAGCCUUGAUCACAGUGCUGCUGCUUGUGUUCAUAAUCCGCAACCGCAACAACAAUCCUCGACUACAUGACUUGCUGUUUGGUUCGUGA